GAGGGCGUUGUUAGCGCAUGAUGUAUUUCCGCUUCCUCUCGGCCCAGUAGCUUUUGGUUGUACUAGCUAGCUUGUUGCGGGGAGGGAGGGGGAAGAUUGUUUGCAGUGAAGGAGCUCAGUGUACGGGAAGGUAAACUGAGCUCCCCAGAGACUGUCAUCCCGCAGCCUCGGUUCGGGCCCAGCCUUCUCUCUCCAGUUGCCACCACAGCCUGGAGGCGCCUGCCUCCGCCCUCCCGAAUGGUGCUACUCCUCGAAGGCCUCGGCCCAGGAUCCAAACCCCCUUUGCCCCCUGCCUCGGAGCGGUUGCUCCGGGUUUCUCCUGGUGGACUCCUCGCGACGGGGACGGAAGAACUUUUGCACCGACAAGGCUGUAGCUCUAGGAACCCCGCUGACAACGUGAAUCUUGGCCUCUAACCCAGUGUGAGGUCAUUCCUGUGUCCCUUUUUACACCCUUUGAGAAGAGAAACUCUUCUUGUUACCUGGAGCCCGGGAAGCCCCAAGCUGGGGCCCUGGUCCCACCAUGUCAGUCCUCUCUUGUGCAUAGGGCUGUGCCCUCUCCCCAUUAGCAUGGCUGAAUUCAGGCAGGUUCCAGGGGGGCGGGAGACCCCGCAGGGGGAACUUCGGUCUGAGGUUGUAGAGGAUGAAGUCCCCCGGAGCCCGGUCGCAGAGGAGCCGGGAAGAGGUGGAAACAACAGCAGUGAGACCAAAUUGUCUCCAAGAGAGGAGGAAGAACUGGAUCCUCGAAUACAGGAGGAGCUAGAGCAUCUCAACCAGGCCAGUGAGGAGAUCAACCAGGUGGAGCUGCAGCUGGAUGAGGCCAGGACCACCUACCGAAGGAUCUUGCAGGAGUCAGCAAGGAAGCUCAACACACAGGGCUCCCACUUGGGGAGCUGCAUCGAGAAGGCCCGGCCCUACUAUGAGGCUCGGCGGCUUGCUAAGGAGGCCCAGCAAGAGACACAGAAGGCAGCGCUGCGGUAUGAGCGGGCCGUGAGCAUGCACAAUGCUGCCCGGGAGAUGGUGUUUGUGGCUGAGCAGGGUGUCAUGGCUGACAAGAACCGGCUGGACCCCACAUGGCAGGAGAUGCUCAACCAUGCCACCUGCAAGGUGAAUGAGGCAGAGGAGGAGCGGCUUCGUGGUGAGCGGGAACAUCAGCGGGUGACUCGGCUGUGCCAGCAGGCUGAAGCUCGGGUCCAGGCCCUGCAGAAGACUCUCCGGCGGGCCAUUGGCAAGAGCCGCCCCUACUUUGAGCUCAAGGCCCAGUUCAGCCAGAUUCUGGAGGAGCACAAGGCCAAGGUGACAGAGCUGGAGCAACAGGUGGCCCAGGCCAAGACUCGCUAUUCAGUUGCCCUGCGCAACCUGGAGCAGAUCAGCGAGCAGAUCCAUGCCCGGCGCCGGGGCCAGCCCCCUCAUGCCCCUGGCCAGCGGCGCUCCUCCCCUGUGGGGGCAGAGGCCGGGCCUGAUGGUGGCGAGGAUGGAGACAGUGGUAUCAUAGAAGGGGCUGAAGGUGGGGUGCUGGAGGAGGGCAGUAGCCUGGGGCCUGGCCCUGCCCCUGACACAGACACACUGAGCCUGCUGAGCCUACGCACAGUGGCCUCAGACCUACAGAAGUGUGACUCUGUGGAGCACCUGCGGGGCCUCUCAGACCACACCAGUCUGGAUGGCCAGGAGCUGGGUUCCCGGAGUGGGGGGCGCUGGGGCAGUGAUGGCGGGGGCCGUGGGGGCCGCCACCAGCGCAGCAUCAGCCUGUAGUUCAUGCUCAGGGUGGCUGGUUCCUACCACCAUUGGCCCAUGUAGGGCUCCAAGCUCCCUGUCCUCAGGUCCUUGCUUCCCUUGGAGAGGUCAGGUUGGCUCUUGUCUCUGGUGAAUUUCUCUCCCUCCUCCCCCAGUUCUUUGCAGGUGGCAGCUCUCUUUGCCUUACCCCCUCAGAAGGCUUUUUCUAUGGCUCUCACAUUUGCCCUCCCCCUGCUAGCUCCUCUUGGUCUGAUGUUCUUCACUGCCCCCUUUCUGCUUUCCUUCCAUCUGUCUGGCUUUCCCCUCAGGGAACUUGGUCUAGAAGGUACAGGGUAGCCCACUGGAGAAGGUGGAUGUGGGACCUGAGUUUUGACAUCUUGGCCCCCUGGUUUGAGGCAAUAGACAGGUGUCCCUCCCACCUCCCCAUCUCCCAAGGGGGCCUAGGGAUGCUACAGAGCCUCUGUCCUAGCCUGCCUGUAUGUAAUCUGUAAAAUGCACUGUAGGACUGUGUGCCUCUGGAAAACACUACACAUCCCUGCAGUGCUCCCUUCUCAUUACCUAAGCCACUUUGCUGUGUGUGCCACAAAGAAGGACUUGAAGGGUACCAGUGUCAGAGAAGGUGAAACCCAACCCCACUGUCCACAUAGAGGACACCACCUCCAGACAGGCUCCCAUGUGCAUGUUGUUUUCCCAGCUGAGCUGGGCUAUUAACAUUGCCAAGGUGCUAGUGGGUCUCUAGCAGGGUCCAUGUUGGGGGGUGGAGACAUAAUGAGGUCCUGAUGGUUGAGGCCUUCGCGGUUCCUGCUGCAGAGUUGGGUUUACUUUUUCUGGGUGGAGGUCGCUGAGCUUAAUCUCAGCGCCCUCCUGCUGGGUGGAGUUAGGGAAUUUGGUGCUCAAUCCCUCUCCCUCUCUCUUCCCCAAACCAGACAAUACCUACUCCAGAAUCCCUUGGGGACUGUUCAGGUUUGGCUACUGAGCCUUCUCUGAUGCAGGGAGGGGUUGCCCUAGGGUGAAGGGACCCACCCUCCUUUGGGAGGGGUUUGGUGGUGCUCCAGGCUGUAAGGGAGGAAAAGCAGGGAAGCCACACUGGAUCCGGGUGCCUUGGGAGAACUGGUCCUUCCUCCUUUCCCACCCUAAGAGGUCUGAGAGCUGGACUCUGGGCAGGAUAACUUGUGCCUAGGCCUGUAUGCUGCUGCCAUAAACUGAGAGGAAUGGGCCAUCAUAUGGAGGGUGUUUCCCUGUGCUAAGAUGGUCACUAUGAGAACCACUGGGUUUGAGGUGGCCAUGGGUGGAGGGGAGAAAGGGAGGGAGGACGUGGGCAAGCGUGUGUGCAUGUGUUGGGGUGUGUGUGUGUGUGCGAGAGUGAGUGUGAGAGAAAGAAAAGGGUCUGCCCCUGAUUUUAUUUAAAUAAAAUAGUUUAUGUAACAGUAAUGUUUACUCUUCCUGUCAGGGAGGGGAAGGGCGUGAGGAUGGGGAGGGGGGAAGAGCAGGGCAAAGGGGGGUGCUUUUUGUAUGGGGGAGUCAGGGCAGGGGAGAUGCCCCCCCUUCCUCCCACCUGCCAAGCUAGGAAGGGUCUGUGGGGUGGACAGGACAUUGUCAAUCACUGGAGGUCCAGACCAGAUGAGGAUGCCAAUCCUGGAUGUGUCUGGAUGUGAGCAUGAAGGAAGGGGAGGGACAAAAGUGGGGUUCUGAGAGACUUGAAUUUCAGAUAGACCAUAAUCUUUGCUUCCUGCAAUGUUUAUGACAUUCUUAGUGUAACUUUUUUGCUGUUUAUCUGAAAUUAAAAUUUAACACAUGUAAAAGGUGAUGUUCAAGUCAGGGUUUGACCUGUUGUGGGAUAGAAAGGAUUUGAAUAUGUUUGGACCCCACAGCCUGUGAAAUAUCUUGUGGAGUCAGGUUGGGGAGGGAUGAGGACUUCAGGAGCCACGGAGGUGUAGAGCCAAAGCUUUGGAUUCAGCACCCUCACCUGCACCACCAGAAGUGUGCCAACAUUUAGGGCCAGGUGAGGAGGAGGUCAGUCAGGAGAUGGAGAAGGCUCUGCUAGGGAGGAGAGCAGGAGGUCAACUGGAAACUUGAUGGGAAAUGAGUGUCCUGAAGACACUUGAGGGGCAGGGUGGAGGGCAGAGCAGUGACCCUGGUGAUCUCAGAUGGCAGAUGGGCCAUCAGGAGCCACUGUGUUCUGAACAUACCAGGUACUGUCCACGUAUGAGACUGCCUUUCCUAACCUGGCUUUUUGACAGCAAAUUAAUUUUUUUCUCACAGUUCCAGAGGAAGUCAGGUCAAGCUAUCGGUAGGAUUAGUUCCUUCUGAGGGUUGUAAGAGAAGGAUCUGUUCCAGGUCUCUCUCCUUGACUUGUAGACAUCUGUCUUCUCCCAAUGUCUUCACAUCUUACCUGUGUACAUGUCUGUGUUCAAAUUCCUUUCGUAAAGGAUACCAAUCAUAUAGGAUUCGGGUCUACUCAAAUGACCUCGUUUUAACUUAAUAACCAUACAGUCACAUUCUGGCUGGCUUACAACUGCAACAUACACAUUCUGAGAGAGAGAGAAGUCAGUCACAAGCAAGUCAUCACUGUAAAUGAUGUAAAAGGUAUCUGAUCCUGUUCUUUCUGUCGUAACAUCACUGGACUUACCUACCAUUCUGCUUAUUGGAAUGCCCUUCAACCAACCUCUCUCCCUGGGAAGUAAAGUGUGAUAAAGCAGAUGAGUGCCAAGAUAUUCCCUUUAUUACUGGAAGAGCUGCUAUGAGAAUGCAUGGCCCAUGUCUUUGGGCAAGUGGGCUUUCUGAGAGGACACCCCAGGGUCGUACUUCCCUCCCAGUCCUUGACAGUGCAGGACCUGCAAGGCUUCUGGUGUGAAGGAGCCCCAGAAAAGAAGGGCUGACUGCCCACCCAGUUUAUUCACAAAAACACCUACUAGAUAAGGCAAGAGUGGAGAGCUAGUAGGAGGCUUAAAAGCUUAUGGCACUUCCUCUGUGUGGAAGAAAACAGCCCCAGCAAAUAGGCCACCAACCCUAUCUUAACAAUAGUGCCUGUACUUGCCUAGGGUGACUCAUGUGCUAGGCAUAUGAAUUUACCCAUUUAAUUUCCACAACAACAUUAUGAAGUAAGUAGCGCCAUGAUGACCUUUUCAUGGGUGAGAAUACAGGCAUAGUAGGGAUGUCCGGUUUGCCCCUCACCUUGUAGAAGGUAAUGAAAGCAGGUAUUUGGACUUGAGUGCAAACACAGGAACCAGAUGUGAGAAAGUGGAGUGGAUGUAGUCAUCUUUUAGGAAGUUUUACUGGGAAGGGGGGGUCAAGGAAUUUUGCUCUUUUAAAAUGAGCAAAAGAUGGUCAAAUUCAGGUGAUGUAUCUCAUCUCCCCCAUUCUUGUACCAUGUCAUGUCACCCAUCACACUGAGUGGUAAUUAGUUCUCUCGAACUAUGCCAUCCCCGGGUGAGCAGCUGGGCCUCCAUCUCCCCCGCACUUAAUACAUACCUGACACUUAAUGUUCAGUAAAUGCUUUUGUGUCUCCUCCCCAUAGUCCAAACCUAUGCCAAGUGACUUUGUUAGUACUGUGGUUAGGAGGUCAGCAUCUGUAUCCACAGUCCUAGAAUCAUAUCUCUAUGUCUCCGGGAGGGUAUUCUCACACUUCUCUAGGCUCCAAUUUUAUCACCUACAAAAUGAGACAGUGUAGGUGUGCCUAACACUAUGCCAGGUCAGACAGGAUGUUAGCCACAAUGAUCCCUAUUAGUUCCCUGCAGUUUUGAGAUGAAAUGAACUUCAAAUUAGGAGGCCUCCUACUAUCUAGUGCUAGAGAAGGAGACUUUUUAUAAAGGCCCCAAUGAGAUUUGGAUUUACCUCGUCCUCUGGUUGUGAGUUUGGUGGUCACCCUCAACUUUGCUCUCACGCAUAGCUAAGAUGGGCUUCUUGGGUUGUAGUCCUGUUUGGUCAGCAGAGGGCAGCAGCCACCAGAAAGCGGGCUGAGCUCAAUCUGUUGGUUCUGGUUCUGUCGAUGUGAUAAUACUGCAGGCCUGUGAGGUUUGCCUCCUCGACCCUUGGUGGGUGGUCCUGGGAACCUAGAGGGGUGGGAGGUGGGGUGUAUGCAGCAGAGUGGAGCCCACCUGGGCUUCCUGCAUUUCUGGUGUGCUUGAAUCUCCUGUUGUAUGUGAAAACUGGUUCAGGUCUGGUAGGCAGCUGGUCAUUUGAGACCAGAUGUUCUGUGCCUCUUGAUGCCCUGUUCUCCUCCUCAGAACCCACCUCCUUCCUUGUCCUUCUUAGUGCCUUGUCCCUCUCUCUACUUCACCCUCCUUACAUAUUCCCCUCUUGAGAAGUCCCUUUGGCUUCCCUCCACCACUGCUCCUGAGCCCUUGGCUUCCUCUUUGUCCGCCAUUCUGGAGCCCCAGGCUGCCACACUGCACCAUAUCUUGAAUUAAGGGAGCCAGGGGACCAUUUCACUGGCUGGCAAAAGGGUGUGUGGUGUAUUAGAUAUUUAGCAAGAUCUUUUAGAGUUGCGAACAAUGUGGUAGGGCUUGCUAGGAACACCACAAGGUGUAAUACCAUGGAUGGGAAAGUCAGGUAGCGAACACAGGUGCAUACAGGUAACAGGUGAUACAGGGAAGUAAACAAAUAGAUGUUUAAGAGGGCAUUCAGGGAGCUCUGGAAGGUUAGGAAAGAUAA